GGACCAGCCGCUUGCACACAGUGCUCAAGAUGAGGUCUAACAUACACCGAAAAAAGGGUUUUGAAGUUCUUCACUGUUAGUUGACCAAAGGUCAGCCUCAGUACCCUGAGGGCAGACAUGGCCUUGUUUGCUGACUUAGAACAGUUCAAUGAAGGUUUCAGUGUGUUGGUAAUGUACACUCCAAGGUCCUUUUCUACAAGAGUUUCCUCAAGCAUUUGUGGCCGCCCAGUUACUGUUUUCAUUGUGUAAGUGAAUCCAGGAUUUUGGGAGCCGCAAUGCAUUACUUUGCAUUUUUCCAAAUUGAAUUGCAACAACCACUCUCCAGACCACUUGGGAGCUCGCCAGCAGACAGAGACUUCUGGAAAAGCAUGGUCAGAGGAGAAACCAGUACCUCAGCACAUGAUUUUAGCACCACAGCUGGGCAGCCAUGGCCCCUGGUGUGUGUGAUGUGGAGGCAAUGCUGACUGGCCUGUGUGAGGAGGUUCAGUCCUCAGCCAACAAGCUGCACAAAACCGACUUUGCUGAACACUUUCAAUGGCUCUCGGAGAUUGUCGAGGAGACCCGCAAGCAGCUGUGGGGCGCCCCCGAAGGUGAUGAGAAACCCCAGAAGCCAGAUGACACGGCGACGAGCGUGGCGAACACGAGCGAUGCCGCCGAGCCGGCCGGACCCUACCUGCUGCCGCGCACGCCCAGCAUGAAGCGCCGCCGCAAGGAGACGGACCAGGCGAGCCGGCUGGCGGCGCUGAACGCCAGUCUUAUGGAGACCAGCACCAACACCAGGAGCUGCCGCGCCGCCUCCAAGGUCUCCAACCUGAAGCGAGUGCAGCAGAUGCAGCAGAUGAAGGGGAAACUGCGCCGGCCGCGCAGCUCGUGCUUGCGCGCCGAACAGGAGCUCCUGGAGAAGGUGCGCCGUGGCCACCGCGUGGCCAUCGAUAGCAGCGACUCGGAGCAGGAACAGGAGCAGGAGCGGCGCCGGCCGCCGCGCCGCGGCAAACGCUCACCGCCCGCCGAGCCGCGCACACCGCCCGCAGAGAAGCGCAGCCGCACGCGGACCGCCGAGCCCGUCAGUCCCUACAUCAGGGUGGAUGAGAAGCCAGCCGUUCGGACCAUGGUUCGCGCCUACGAGGCCUACGUGGGUACCGCCGACGAAGGUGGAACGCCGGGCCGUGCGCGGCCGCCCGCCGCCACCCCGGGCACGCCGAAGACGCCCGUUCCUCUGCCGCGACAGAAAGCGCCUCAGCCGACCCAGCCGCCACCUGAGGAGAAGGCAGAUCCCCAGACCCCGCCCCAGACCUCCGCCGCCGCCGCCACGAAGACUCCUCCAAAGGCUCCGGAGCCCCCGGUCGAAGAGCCCAGCCCAGUGCGGGCUCAGAGCCGCCGCCAGACACGCAGCAAGGUGGCAGCCGCUGCGCCCGCCCCGCCUCCGCCGCCGCAGAAGGAAGAGCUGAAGACGCCGCCGCCGUCCAAAAAGAAGCCAGCCUCUCCGCCCCAGACGGCGGCGUCACCCCGAACCCCGCCGAAAGCUGCCGCCGCAAAGGCCCCGUCCCCAGUGGCUCCAGCGCUGGCCGAGGAGCCGAGCCCCGUGCGGGCUGAGAGUCGGCGCCAGACACGAAGCAAGGUGGCUGCCGCCGCGCCGGCCCCGCCGCCGCCUCCGCCACGAUCCGCCGCGCCGCCGGCCGCUGCGGAGCCGGAGCAGUCGGCGGCUCAGGCAGACAGUGCUGACAGUGCGCCGAUGGCAUCAGGCGACAGCACGGACGCAGCCGUUACCGCAGACUCGGCCGACUCGGCGGGAGAAGUGCCGAUGGACGUCGACCAGCGGGAGGAGACUGAAGAGGAUGCUGGGGAACACGAGGGAACGGAGGAUUCACAGGAGGGAACGGAGGAAUCGCAGGAGGAGCAGGACGCCGCCCCGGAGAGGCAGGGCCGACGUCGGGUUUCUUCGGCACCAGAAGUGAUGGACGUUAACGCCGUCCGCCGUCUGACUCGAACCCAGGCCGCCGUCAACCUGGUAGAACUGGACCCGCCGUCGCCGACCGAAAGCCGCCGCCAGACGCGCUCCCGUGCCGCCGCGCCGGAGAGCAAACCGCUGGCGACGGCGGCCGAGUCCCAACAAGACCAGUCAGGUGCCGAGCGGCGCCAGACGCGUUCUCGAGCCGUCACGCCGGCAAGCGAGCAUACUUCGCCGGCGGAGAAUCGCCGCCAGACGCGGACCCGCGCCGCCCAACAGCCGGAGCCGGAGACCGCCGAGAGUCGCCGUCAGACCUGGACGCGCGCCGGCCCGCAGCCGGAGCCGGAGGCAGCAGAAACCGCCGAGAGUCGCCGCCAGACGCGGACGCGCGCCGCGUCACAGUUAGAAACAGCGGAGGCAGCGGAGGCCGCCGAGAGUCGCCGCCAGACUCGUACGCGCGCCGCCCCACAGCCGGAGCCAGAGGCAGCGGAAACUGCUGAGAGUCGCCGUCAAACGCGGUCGCGAGCCGCUCCACAGCCAGAGGCCGCGGAGGCUGCCGAAACUCGUCGCCAGACGCGGACGCGCGCCGCGCCGGAGUCUGAUGGAGCGGACGCGGCCGAGGAGCGUCGCCCGCUGCGUCGCGUCUCGUCGGCGCCAGACGUGCGCAGUGCGCGGCCGGCGCGUGGCGCCGACGAGUCCCAGACCUCCUCCCGCGGCUCGCCGGGAGACUGGGCCGAUCGCUCCACCAACACGGCCAGCAAGCCGGCCAGGGGCAAGGCGGCACGCUUCACUCCGCAGCCGGGCCGAACUCGCGGCGCCAACAUUGCCAUGCCGGUGGACGGCAGCAGCAGCUUCAUCCAGCGGGCGCCGGCGCGUCCCACUGCCGAGGAGCUCGAGCAGCGCCGCCGACUGGAGGCGCAGAAGAAGCGAGAGCGCGAGGAGGAGGCCCGCCGCAAACGGGACGAACUGAUCCGGAUGCGUGCCGAGGAGAACAGCCUGAAGCGCCAGGAGCGGCAGCAGCGCGCCUUUGAGCAGCGUCGCCAGCUGGCCGAGGAGCAGCGGCGCGCGCUGCAGCAGAAGCAGCAGCGUCAGGACGAGCGCGCCGAGACGGCGCAGCGCGACACCGAGCGCAAACGCCAGGAGGAGGCACUCCGCAAGCGGCGCCUGCUGGCCGAGCGCCAGCGCGAGGUGGAAGAGAAGCGGCGCGCCGACGAGCAGGCGCGCGCCGCCCGCGCCCGCCAGCUCCAGCAGGAGGAGGAGGAGCGGCGCCGGCAGCACGCCCUGCGCGAGCAGGAGCGCAUCGCGCGCGAAAAGGCCGAGAGCGCCCGCCUGGCGGAGCGCGAGGCGGCGCUGAAGGCCGAGCGCGAGGCGGCGGCGCUGAAGGCGGAACAGGAGGCCGCGCAGCGAGCGGAAGCCAAGAAGAUGCCGCCUCCCGUCAAGGCCGGGCUCAACUCCACCUUCACCAUGAACGAGGACGAGCACACCACGGCGCCGCCGCCGCCGCCGCCCAUCACCUCGUACCAGAUCACCCCCGGCCGGGACGAGCUGCCGCCGCAGCCGCUGCGAGACAAGGACAACUACAACAUCGACGACCUCAAGUCGGACGACGACACAGAUGACGAGUCGGCGCCGCGCAAGGAGAUCCCCGCCUGGGCCACAAAGGCGCGCCUGCAGGCGGCGCUGAUCCGACAGGUCUACGACGGCCCCAACACGGACACCAUCUUCCCGCCGCACGAGAUGUUCCCAGACGUGCGGCUGGAGCACAUUUUCGCGUUCGCCCGGAGGCGCUUCUUCAAGCGUACCUCCAGCGCGCACUGGGACACGCCGCCGCGACGGCCCUAGGAGGUGGACGGAGGACUGUGGGAUGACUGAGGCUCUGUGACGCCCGGUCACCGGCGGAGGCGCGGACUGAACGGACCGGUGCUGACACGCGCCCCGUGCUCACUAGUGAGAGCUCACGGACAACGGCCGGGCGUGGAGGGUCCGUGCAGUGUUGUGUUAUGUAGGUAGGAGUCACAUGUUGUAGACAGUGGCGAUGUCGGUGGUGGCGGAGGGUGCUGUCGCGAGAUACUCGCUGACACCCGCUGGUGCCAGGCGAGGUGUAGUGGGAAUACCAUCGGCAUGAGAGCCACCCCGCGCUGGUAGGUGUAGUUACCCACUUGUAUGUACAUGUUUACUGGUGCUGCCCAGAGAGAGGAAGCCGGGCGUAUGACAACAAAUCACGCCGCAUCCACGACGAUGUUAUCUGACAAGGCCGAUCCUUCCGUUCAGCUAAUUAGUUUGUUGAGGCCUGUGACGUCACGGUCGCAGACUGCGUCGAUGGCAAUAUGCUCGACCUCACUCUUGUCUGUGUGGGUGCGAUCAUAGGGUAGGUUGUAUAAUUGUCCCGUGAAUUUCUCCAUUCAUCUUGCUGCCAUCGCUAAACUUCUUCGUUUCCUCUAGUAAAAACUGUUGUAUCCUAAUUUGUUUUAGUGUAAAUAAAUAAAGGUACAUCACCUUCCAUCGUCAGAAAA